AUGGCAUUAAGAUUUCCGAGGUUUAGCCAAGGCUUAGCUCAGGACCCCACUACUCGUCGUAUUUGGUUUGGUAUUGCUACCGCACAUGACUUCGAGAGUCAUGAUGAUAUUACUGAGGAACGUCUUUAUCAGAACAUUUUUGCUUCUCACUUUGGGCAAUUAGCAAUAAUCUUUCUGUGGACGUCCGGAAAUCUCUUUCAUGUAGCUUGGCAAGGAAAUUUUGAGUCAUGGAUACAAGACCCUUUACAUGUAAGACCUAUUGCUCAUGCAAUUUGGGAUCCUCAUUUUGGUCAACCAGCUGUAGAAGCCUUUACUCGAGGAGGUGCUACCGGUCCACGGGUUGGUUACACUUACAACCAAAAUGGAAACCAAGCGUUUCGUGGUUCAAAAAUGCCGAAUCUCGUCUAA